AUGCCACCUCGUUUUUCAUUUCCAGGUAGAAACGCCACAAUUGCCCUUGGUACUGCUGCUUCCCUUGUUGCGGGAUACAUGUUCUAUUCCUCCAACAGGAACGCUCAACUAAAGCGUAAAGAACCUGCCCCAAUAACUUUCAAAGGAGACAAUCAAUGGUUAGACCUACCAAUUACCAAGAUUGAGCAACUUUCACACGAUACAAGAUGUUUUACGUUUGCUCUACCAUCUGAAAAACAUGUUACUGGUCUAAUAACUGCUUCUGCAUUAUUGGCAAAGUUUGUAACCGCAAAAGGUUCGAAUGUCAUUAGGCCAUACACCCCUGUCAGUAGUAACACUAGUACUGGUUCUUUUCAACUGGUUGUUAAGCACUACAAUGGUGGUAAAUUUACCACUCACUUGUUUGGCUUAAAGGAAAACGACACUGUCUCCUUCAAGGGUCCAAUUGUUAAAUGGCCUUGGAAGCAAAACUCUUACGAUUCGGUUGUCAUGAUUGGAGCCGGUACUGGUAUUACACCACUGUACCAAAUGGUGCGUCAUAUAGUCACCGAUCCUAAGGAUAAUACUAAGAUUCACCUAUUGUACGGUAACAAGACUCCUCAAGACAUCUUAUUGAAAAGGGAAUUGGACGAGCUCAGUGCUAAGUAUCCAGAUCUACUAAAGGUUCAUUAUUUUGUCGACAAGCCAGACUCUUCUUUCAAGGGACAUACCGGCUUUAUAAGUAAGGAAUACUUGAGCAAGAAUAUUCCAAGCCCAGAUGAAAAGACCCAAGUUUUCGUAUGCGGCCCACCUCCAUUUAUGAAUGCUUACUCAGGUGCUAAGGUUUCUCCUUCCGAUCAAGGUGAUCUUACAGGUAUCCUAAAGGAGCUCGGUUUUAAGAAGGACCAGGUAUUCAAGUUUUAG